CACGAAGCGGCCACGGCCACCUUUGCCGCCACAGCGGUUCUACCGGCCAGCUCGCUUGCUUGCUCGGCUGCACAAAAACACGUGUUUUGUCACGCACGACGCCAUCCUCCGCUCCGCUUGGGCCUCUUCUCACCCAAAUAGCCUGGACUCAUCCCCCGAGCGCCGUGCGAGCCACCGCCAGGACCAAGAAGCCACCCACUCCCAGAAGCCCGCUCAGCUCAAAAGUGCCGCCCGGGGAGCUUCCCCGCACGCAAUGAGCCGCGCACUGCCCGGACCACACCGGCCAACAAGGGGCAGAGGAGGAUGUUGCUAGCCGCCACGGCGUGCUGCUUCCUCGCCGACGAGGCCAAGAAGAGCCAGGACGGCGGCGGGGGCGGCGGCGGAGGGGGAGGAGGAGGAGGAGGAGGGCUGGGGAUUAGCCCGGUGGUGCUGGUCGUGGUGCUGGUGCUGGCCGCGCUCGUGUUCGUCUCCGGCCUGCUGCACCUGCUCGUCAGGCUCCUGCGGUGGCGCGCCCGCGCGCGCACCGGGGCGACGGAGGAUGGAGGGAGCGAGGCGGGGGAGGGAGGCGGCGGAGGGCGGGGGGCCGGGGAGGAGUCGGCGCUGCAGCGGCAGCUGCAGCAGCUGUUCCACCUGCACGACUCCGGGCUCGACCAGGCCGUCAUCGACGCGCUGCCGGUGUUCCUCUACGGGGAGGUGGUGGUCGGCGCCGGGAACGGCGCGGGCGCCAAGGAGCCGUUCGACUGCGCGGUGUGCCUGUGCGAGUUCGCCGGCGACGACCGGCUCCGGCUGCUGCCGCUGUGCGGCCACGCGUUCCACAUCGACUGCAUCGACACCUGGCUGCUCUCCAACUCCACCUGCCCGCUCUGCCGCCGCGUGCUCGCCGCCGACGACGACGCCGGCGCCGCGGGCCUCCUGCUCGACGAGGGGUGGGGGCAGGAGGGGGAGGGCGCGGUGUUCCCGGUGCGCCUCGGCAAGUUCAAGAGCACUGCCAGGGCGGCCGGCCCCGGCCCCGUCGACGCCGACGGCAUUGUGGCGGCGGAGGAGGGCGACGCGGGCAGCAGCAGCAGCAGCCUGGACGCCAGGCGGUGCUACUCGAUGGGCUCCUACCAGUACGUCCUCGCCGAGGCCAGCCUGCAGGUGUCCGUCCACCGGCGGCACGGCGACGGCGCCAACGGAGGCGCGGAGAGGAUGAGGGGCCCGAGAGGGGUCGUCGCCGGCGGUGCGAAUCCGCCCGGCUUUGGCGGGGGCGAGGGCAAGAGGAUCGGCGCGGGCAGCAAGGGCGACAGCUUCUCGGUGUCCAAGAUCUGGCAGUGGCCGCGCAACGGCAAGGGGAAGCUCCCCGUGCUCGCGCCCGACGGCUCGCCGGCGGUGGACGGCGCGCUGCAGUGGCCGAGGAGGAGCGUCGGGGAGUCGUGACACCAUGAAAAGAAGAAGAAAAAUGCUGUUUUUUUGUUUUCUUGGUGCGGUGCACCGUGUCGGUACUUGGUUGCAACUUGCAAACGCUCUUGAGCUAAUUGGUAGUAGUACAAGUGUUUUUGACUGCUCUUGAUCUGUUCAUGAUCAUUAUGUGUUAGCAAAGAGAUUGUGCUGCCGGUUUUAGAAAUUCAGGGUAGCCUUCUAGGUUCA